AAAUACUUUGGACCGGCACGGAAAGAGGAGGCCUGACCUUGGAAGCGGAACGGGGUCCUGCGACGGGUCCUUCGGGUGGGGGGGUGACAUUCAGCGGCGGUCCCGGACGACGGACCUUCCAACUUGGAACCAUGGCCCAGUUUGUCCGUAACCUGGCUGAGAAGGCCCCGGCGCUGGUGAACGCUGCUGUGACUUACUCAAAGCCUCGAUUGGCUACAUUUUGGCACUAUGCCAAAGUUGAGCUGGUUCCUCCAACCCCUGCUGAGAUCCCUACAGCUAUUCAGAGCUUGAAAAAAAUAGUCAAGAGUGCCCAAACUGGUAGCUUCAAACAGCUCACAGUUAAGGAAGCUCUGCUGAAUGGUUUGGUGGCCACCGAGGUGUGGAUGUGGUUUUAUGUCGGCGAGAUCAUAGGCAAGCGUGGCCUCAUUGGCUAUAAUGUUUGAAGACCAAUCUUUAACAUCUGUUUAUAUGUGGCUUAUUAUUUGAGGGUUCUUGGACCAUGUGUGAUCAGACUGGUACUUGAAUAAAAGAAGAUAAUGUGUCAAAA